GUUUUAAUCCGGAAGAACUGUGUUUGCAUUGUGUAGAUAAUACAGGAUAGAGUUUGGUUUGAAUGGCUCUGUUAAAAAAAGAAGUAAAAACAUGAAUAGAUUUACAGGUUACUGUAAGUUUCGGUAACGCAAACUUUGUAGUAGAGAUCUAAAUAUUGUCGAAGUCUUUUUCUUUCUUUUUGUGGAAUGAAAGGAUGCCGCUGGGAUUAAAGCCAUGCUGUGCAGUCUGCAAGACAAAUUCGUCGUCGAUGUGGAAAAAGGGAAACCAGGGAGAAAUCCUGUGUAACAACUGUACAGCUAAAAGCAGCAUCACAGGACCACCAGGGCUGGCUAUCUCCUCCAACACACAGCAGAGUAACGGCGGGGGAAAACAGUCUAAACAGGAAAUCCACCGGCGUUCAGCACGAUUAAGAAGCACCAAGUACAAGGCACCUGCGUCUGAAAAGAAGGUUUCAUCAAAAGGAAAAGGAAGACGGCACAUCUUUAAACUCAAAAAUCCUAUCAAAGCCCCUGAGUCUGUGUCUACUAUUAUCACAUCAGAGUCAAUCUUCUACAAGGGUGUUUACUAUCAAAUAGGAGAUGUGAUAAAGGUAACCGAUGAAGAGGAUGGUAAACCAUAUUUUGCACAGAUCCGUGGCUUUGUUCAGGACCAGUACUGCGAGAAAAGUGCUGCAUUAACGUGGCUGAUCCCUACACAGGCUAGUCCAAGAGAUCACUUCGAUCCAGGCACUUACAUAGUUGGCCCCGAAGAGGAUUUGCCCAGAAAAAUGGAAUACCUUGAGUUUGUUUGCCAUGCACCAUCAGAAUAUUUCAAAUCGAGGAGCUCCCCAUUUCCGAUAAUUCCUGUUCGCCCAGAGAAAGGCUACAUUUGGACCCAUAUUGGACCUAUGUCCACCGUGGCAGUCAAAGAAACUCUUGGUUGUAACUAAAUGUAAAUUUAUCAACUGAAAUCAAUAUUCAAAUGUUGAUUAGGAAUUUUGUUUUUUAUUAUGUUAAAGGCAAAAUAAUCUUUCUCCUGAUAUAUGAUGUUCCUCUUAGUGUAAUGGUAACCCAAUGGUGCUACCGUGUGACUCUUUCCAGGUUAGGUUGUUACCAAUGAAGUAACAAUACAAAAACAGCACACCAUUUCAGACUCAUCUUUGGAAAGACAUUGUACAUGUACAAUGUAAAGAGAACAAGCCUAAUCAUACCAUUGUACAACACUGUAAUAUACAAUGCAAAGAAAAAAAAACUAGUCUGCUAGAAGACAUCAAUUCUGCCCAGUACAUUGCAACACGAUCUUAAAUCUAAACAGUGGGACAUGUCUAUUUGCUGGAUGUUCAAGUAGAAACAAAUAAUUGUAAAUAAAGUGUCAUUUUCAAAACAAAAAAUGAAUUAAA